CUGUUAUUUGCCAAAGGGUCUCAGACUCGUUCAGUGGGGCAAAGGAACAAGUUUACAAGCGCGUCGGAGAAACUUUUAAGAAAGAACAGGUCACCGGAUCAGAUCACACAUAUUACAUGAUUGCAAGACUAAGACUUCACUCAAACCAAUUAUGGAGAAAGAAAAACAAUUACAGAGUCCUGAAGUGUGAAGAUGACAAAGCAGCAUGCUAGCUGCGUAAGCUGGUACAUCUCCUGAAGGACGUUCUCCUGCUAUGCUGAGCGUGAACAGUCAGACAUCAUUGUUACACUGUGUAACAGUAUAAGGACAGGCAAGGAGGAGGUGGGAACUGGCUGGAAAGUCAACAUAAAGGUUUAAUGAUAAAAAUGAACUUAACAUAAAACAUAAACGGACACACAUGCAGCGCGGCCACAUGCGUCUCUCUCUCUUGAACUGUUGCCUCUGGCUCCCCUUUAUCUCGCUCUCCCGCUGAUCAGCUGAUUCAGUGCCAGCCGUGCACCAUCACGGCCUGGCCACGCCCUCCUCGUCACACACUGAGUUUCAACAGGUGUAUCUGGAGUGGACAUUGACCACUAUUGCAGUCCUCAAGCAGCCAAUAUCUUGAUCUUUGAAAACCAUCAAAAUGAACCUCACCUCCCAACUCCUGGACCUCAUGCUGGAGGCUUCCAACCUCUCUCGCUGGCAGUUCAUCCAGGAAUAUUCCAUCCCUCCUUUGGUGGUAGUGCCCAGACUCCCUAGCGCCCUGCUUCCAGUGUUUGGCCUGGUCUACGUGCUCAUCUUUGGACUUGCAGUGGUGGGCAACGGGGCGGUGCUGGUUCUGUUAUGUCGAAGAAAGGCUCUGCAGUCUCCCAGCACUUUCUUCAUUUGCUCUCUGGCACUCAGUGACCUCCUGAUUUCCAUCGCGUGUGUUCCUGCAACACUGCUGCAACACUUCUUCACUAACUGGUUGGCAGGGAAUUUUCUUUGCAAGCUAAUACCUUUUCUUCAAGUGACAGCCAUAGCAACCAGCAUGCUUACCAUGACAUGUAUUGCUGUCGAGCGUUUCCAGGGAAUCCUUUAUCCUUUGCAUGUCCGCAACAGCUACUUCCUUUGCCACGCCUUCAAGAUGCUCGUGGCUGUGUGGCUGGUUGCCCUGGCAAUUGCAGCUCCCAUGUGGUUUGUGCAGAAAGUGGAGGUCAAAUAUGACUUCCUGUUUGAUGUCUACCACACCUGUUGCUUAGAAGUAUGGCCAAGCCAUCAGCAGAGGAGAGCCUACACUACCUGUCUGUCGGUUCUGGUUUUCAUGGCCCCCUUGGUGACCAUGGCCAUCCUGUACUGGAAGAUAACGAGAGAGCUUUGGGGGAAACACAAAGUGCAUGAUGUCAUGUUCAAAACACUCCCAGGAUCUGAAAUUAACAAGAUUACCAGGAGAAAAAAACGUGCCGUAAGAAUGAUGGCCACCGUGGUGCUGCUCUUUGCUGCCUGCUGGGCACCAUUCCAUCUGGUCUCCUUCCUGCUCGACUAUGGCCAGCUAGACCUCAAUCUAGACUCUGAGUUUCUCCUGGUCAGUGUGGUUCAAAUCCUUGGAUUCAGUAACUCGGUGUGCAACCCACUGGUUUAUGCUGCCCUCAACACCACUUUCAAGAGGGACUUGCUAGCUCUGCUCACCCGAAGAUGGCGCUCGGGUAGUCAUUGUUGCUGUAGUCCAGGUUACUGUUGUUCUUUGAGAAGCCACAAGCGAGUGGGCGUCUCAGCAGUGGAGUCAGUCGAACCCAGACGUGGCCUGCAGAGGACGAGUAGACAAGGAGGAAUCAGAUCAUGGAGUAAACUGGCAUGGGAGCCCGAACCUGAGAGGCCUACAUCCAACUUGUUCCCCCCCAUGAACCUGCUUAGCGCCAUCAGGCCCAAAAAGACCUCCAGUACUAUGAUACUAAGUGUUAUUGACCCACCACAUUCUGGAUCUGACCAAUCUCUAACAGGGAUGCUGGAUGAGUGAAUGUUAACAGAAUGAGUUGGCAGUGAUACCUGCCCACCAUCGAAAGUUAAACAAUCCCUGUGUCUGGCUAUGCAUACUUACAUUCUGCACAGUAUGCAAAACGCAGUAUGUCCGAAUACUCAAGUGUUAAUGAUACAGUAGCCGAACAACACCCAACUGACUUACUGCAUCUGCUGAGAUUCUGAAAUGUGCAACCAUUGGACAUUUUACUAUGCCAUAAGAUCAAGGAAACUGAGCUGUGAGAAUCAAAAAGCUGAAAAUAAAAAAUGGCAGAGGACUAUGUGUCAAGCAGCUCUGUUUAAGAUUUCAAGGUAUCAAGAAAACUGUUCCUCGUGAUUAAAUUGUAGUUUGUAGAUUGUUACACAUGUAUGUUUGUAAUAGAUUAAUCUAGUUUCAUAAAGGGGAAAUGCAAAUUCAAUGAGUGGUGUCUUGAGAAAAUUGAAGUAAACUGGUUGAAGCCCGUAUGGAAAAGAUUUUGCUGCAGGACUUGACGGAAAUGUUGUAAACUUGGCACAACAAAAAUCAAGGCACUGGAAAUCCCACAUGAAAAGCACAGUAUGACCCUCCCAUCCGAAUCGUAUUGCCCUGCUCUGCUCCCCAAAUUUCCCCCAUGGCUAUUGAUGUGGAUGUUCAAACAGGAAACACACUUCCAACAACCUGAGCAAUUUUCAGAUCUUUGAAGCAUGUGAUGCGCAGUGCUACUUUUAGAACUGAGGUUAUAUCUAUGCAAUAAGGAUGGGGGGGGAGUCACCAGAGAAAAAAUUUAAAUAAUUUGCUUUUUGGCUGUUAAAUCUAUACUUUCAGUCUCCAGACUUUUGAAGACCUCAUGUGAAUAAGACAAGACCAUCAUUAGACUUGGGCUCUGAGCAAGUUGAGGUAAGCAAGGCCAUGUUUGAAAUCUUGACUUGCUUUUAAGGGAUAGUUCACCCAAAAACUUUUUUCUUUAAUUGUCUUUAAUCGAAGGGGGGCGACAUUAUCAAGAGUGCUAGAGAAGACUGUAUUUAUAUUUUCUGUUAUUUCAUCAAGUUCUUCUAGACUUUGGGGCUUACUGAGUGUAUCAGAUAGAUCUGGAAGAUUAUUAGUGAAGCUAUCUUUAGUGGUCCAAAUAAUUGUUCUACCUGAAUGAUAGAUUGAGUACCAUCAGCUGAUCGCAGCAUACAAGAGACAAGUUAAUGAUCUGAGAUGUCAUCGCUCUGCGGUAGAAUUUCUAUAGUAUCAACAUCAGCUCCAUAUGACAGAAUUAAAUCUAGCAUAUGAUUAUGGUGAGUUGGUCCUGUCACAUUUUGUCUGACUCCAAGCGAGUUGAGAAUAUCGAUAAAUGCUAAUCCCAAUGUGUCAUUUUCAUUAUCUAUGUGAAUGUUGAAGUCACCAACAAUUAAAGCUCUAUCUACAGUAACUACUAGAUCUGAUAAAAAAUGUGCAAAUUCACCAAGGAAAUCAGAAUAAGGCCCAGGUGAUCUAUAUACUGUAGCAAGGGCAAAAGACGGCAUUACAUUAAGCAUUAUUAGUUCAAAGGACUUCAAUUUAUAUCCUGUCCUCAGAGUAACACCAAAAAUGUCACUGUAAAUCGUAGAAACACCUCCUCCUCAACCCUUCAGAUGAGGCUCAUGUUUAUAACAAUAACCUGGGGGAGAAGAUUCAUUUAAACUAAUAUAU